CUCCCACAACCAAACUACCAUGGUUACCAAUGCGAACGCCGAUGAGCAGAGCCAGCGCCGUAUGGAGCGUGAGAUCCGUGACAUGAUCUCAAAGCUCACUCACCAGCUCACAGCCCUCGGCAGGUCCACUGCCCGGCCCGGUCAGGAGAACGAGGAGGCCGAUCACGGGGUGAGGAUCAUCACACUAGCGGGGGACAACAAGGGAGCCACGAUGAAGGCGAACUUGGAGGAGAUGAUGGACACCCAUGGAGCUCUGCACGAUGAUGAGACAGCGAUGAGUGCCUACACCAACAGCAACUAUCAGGCUGUCAACAACUCGAUCCUUCUCGGUGGGAGCUUCAAGGCGGAGGACCCGGGUGUUCAUAUAGUCAUCUCGGACUAUGUGGACGAGCAUGAAGACAGCGAUCAGGAGAGUCAUGAGAAGAAUAAGGAGAAGAAGGAGAAGAAGAAGGAGAAGAAGGAGAAGAAGGAGAAGGAGAAGGAGAAAGAAGGGACCAAAGGAGAGAGACAUUCAGAGGUGGAAGGUGAUGAAAAGACCGGGGAUAGCGAGUAGCAUGGCCUACUGGGGCACUUGCAUGAUAAUGUAAUUUGAAAUUUUCUUAAAAAAAGAAAAUGUGAUUUGAAACUAAUCCGACACCUUAACGUGUAUUAAAAUGCG